CCAGAUCCCAAUAAAAAAGCGGACACUUCACAAUGUCAUCAGUUUGCUGAAGGAUUGGUGGGACAACAGGUUUGGAGCUGACGACGCUGUGAACCUGCUACAAGAUGAAGGUCGUGUUGCUGUUUUGUGUCCUUCUUGGACUCGUCAUUUCCAUCCACGGUGCAGCUGUUGAGGAAAACUCCGAGGUGUCGGACAAGGGUGUCCCGGAAGAUGUGAGUGUAGAGGAGGACUUUGUUAGCGAUGAAGAGGAAGAUCCAGAUAAUGAAGAGCCCUCUGAGGAUGAGGACAGUGAUGCUGCUGAACCUGAAGAGGACAAUGCAAUAGCUGAAGAUAACUCUGAGAAAGACGAAUCUGCAUCAGAUCCUGGAUAUUACCGCAGAAGAUCCUUGCGCAGACGUAGUUUCCGCAGACGAUCCUGGCGUAGACGAUCCUGGCGCAGACGAUCCUGGCGCAGACGUAGUUUCCGCAGAAGAUCCUGGCGCAGGAGAUCCUGGCGCAGACGUACCUCGCGCCGAAGAUACGGGAAAUAAGCUAAAAACUGAUGAAAACACUUUUUGAGUUGGCUCAUUUUGAAGUGCUUUUUUUAUGUUUACAUAUUUUUGAACCUGUUGACAUAGAUCAACUGAGAAA